CUGAACUGAAUAUUUCUGAAGAAUUGUGGAAAAAUAUCCGUUCGAACAGUCGAAAUGUGGAACGAGAAAGAGAUCCCCAUGAAUUUCGUAAGCAUCGAAUUGAUCAAUGAAAUCAAAGCAAUAACUGAUGAUUGUCGUUUCUUGUCCCGAAGAAUGACGAAACACCUUGAGAGCCUGCCACGCAUAGACCGUAAGAAAAUAGUGGAAGGCGUAACAUAUUUUGGCUGUUUUUCUCUGUUUACCGCCUGUAACCAACGAAAUAUUCGCAUUAUUGAAUAUUUGAUAACAGUGUGCGAUGCCAGCACCGAGCAGACGAGUUACUACCCAUGUGAGAACGAUCGAGCGUACACUAUCACGCCGCUGGGUAGAGCUUGCUUUACCGGGAAUAUGCCGGUUGUGGAAUGCCUCAUACGGUUGGGUUGCGACCCAAAUGGUCCCUUCGAGGAUGGAUUAACACCGCUGCACAUUGCGUUUCGCCGAAAAAAAAUGAAAGUAGUUCAAUACUUGAUAGACAAUGGAGCGGAUUUACAGAGACCGAGCUACGAUGGCACGACCUGUCUAAUGAGUGUAUCUCAAUCGGCGCACCUAACAGGGUACCUGCUCAACAACGGGGCAGAUCCCAAUGCGUGUACCGUUCACAACGAGACCGCUCUGCACUACAGUAUCAAACGACGGAAACUCGAAAUAACUUGUCUGCUGUUGCAACAUGGAGCCGAUCCGUCCAUUAAAAACUCCAGAGGAGAUGACGCUCUGCAGAUAGCGUGCAUCCUUUCAGCAGAGGAAGUUGUCGAUUAUCUUAUCAAUCACUAUCAAUACUCGGCCGAAAGAUUGGCCGAUGCGUACGAACUCAUCGGAGCCUCAUUCCUGGAUUUACAUUACAACACACACAAAGCAUUGACAUAUUGGCAGAAAGCUCACUCCAUUCGAACGAAUGGGAUAAACUACAUUCAGAAAAGACCGCAGAUAACACCACGAUUCGAAUUCGGGAACGCAAUUGAGUAUACUACGAACGAAGAACUGGCUGCAAUUACACCGGAUAUUGAUGCCUUACAUACGCAGGGUUUACUGGUUUGUGAGAGGAUUUUAGGAAUCGAUCACGAUGAAACCUUGCGGCGGAUGACGCACAGAGGUUGGUUGCAUGAAACUGGUCAUCCCCAGAAGUGCUUUGAUUUGUUGGUGUUGGUGUUCAAGAUUCACAUUGAUAGGUAUUCCAUGUUACACACCAAUACCAAAGCUUCGGCACAAAGAAUCGUGUCAAUGUUGAUGACAAUAUUGAAAGAACCGGAUGUAAGUGCAAAUGAUGACGAGUUUCCCUUAUUCGAGAGAGCUUUAACUGUGUUUGAGAUGUUUGCAACAAAGAUCUUCGAGACACAACAUCUGUUAGAGAUUCAACCGGUUGAUCUGCAGCAGCAGAAGAACUACGAUAAGAUGAUUCACUAUUUAAUGCAUCUUAUGUAUAUUUUGCUCGCCAAGUCUUCCUCUGUAGAUGAGAAGGAAUUGAUUGAAAAAAAAGUUCGCGAGUUGGUUCAGCAGGAUCUGCGAACCACGGAAGACAGAGAAACGCUGCUGCAUCUAUCCGUCAGUGCUUCAAAUUUGUUAGAGAGAGUAGAUUGGGGGGAAGUUGACAACAGGGAACCCGUAUUUCCUAAUAUCACGGUGAUGAAUCUGCUGCUGAAGUGCGGAGCAGAUGUCAAUGCGAGAGAUAAGGCAAGAUCGACGCCCCUACACGUUUCAGCAUCCAACUACCAAACGGAGAUCGUUGAAAUGUUGCUCGAGCAUGGUGCCCACAUUGAUGCGCGGAACGUGUACGGCUCCCGGCCAACGCAGUACAUCGCUGAGCUAAAGGACGAUAUACUACUGAGUAACCACAUGUCACUUAAAUGUCUCUGCGCGAAUGCAAUUGUCGAAAACUCUAUACCUUAUGAGAACAAAUUUCCCGCUGCGAUGGAACGUUUUAUUAAGGCACACGAUUUUUACGACAAACAGCUAUUGUUCUAAAGCCAAUAGUCCGUAAUAUAGGCGAGAUGGUUUAUGCUUGAGAUUCCAUAUAACAUUAGUAAUAAUAAUAAUAAUAAUAAC